GAAAGGUGCGUUAAGAUGGACGUCGCUGGAGUCGGCGGCUGUGCUGCGAUGGUGGUGUUUCUCUGAAAUGAAAUACAUAAAACUUUAUAUUUCAGAGUCAUAGAAUAUUCUAAGACUGGAAGGGGCUGCAGAAGAAAUUAUCAUGUCCAACCUCGAGAAACCCAAGGUUUACACAUUUAGAAGUCCAGCUUACAGCUUGUCCUAGGAGUGUCCUGGUCCCAAGAAAUUCGAUCAAGUCAUAGUGGGUACGACUCUGCAAUGUUUUUGUUGAGAAGCCAGAGCCAGGAAACACAAAGUGGCGAACAAGAGAGAUAUCUGCAAGCCAACAACAAAGAAUUCAACACUAUGUUUGGAUAUCCAAACAAUACCAUCAAGACCUCAAAAUAUAAUGUCUUUAACUUCUUGCCCUUGAACCUAUUUGAGCAGUUCCAGAGACUCGCCAAUGCGUAUUUUCUCAUUUUGCUAAUCCUACAGCUGAUUCCCCAGAUCUCUUCCUUGGCAUGGUACACAACUGUGAUACCUCUGAUAGUGGUGCUGUCCAUAACAGCAGUGAAGGAUGCCAUGGACGACCUGAAAAAGCACAGAAAUGACGAUCAGGUCAACAACCGUUCUGUUCUGGUCCUGAUGAAUGGCAGGAUGGAAGAGAAAAAAUGGAUGAAUAUCCAAGUGGGAGAUAUAAUAAAAUUAGAAAAUAAUCAGCCUGUUACAGCUGACAUACUGUUACUCUCUAGCAGUGAGCCGUACAGUUUGACGUAUGUAGAAACAGCAGAACUGGAUGGUGAAACCAACCUGAAAGUGAAACAGGCCAUCUCAGUCACCAGUCAGUUGGAAGCUGACUUGAAGCUGCUGUCUGCCUUUGAUGGAGAAGUGAGGUGUGAAUCUCCCAAUAAUAAGUUGGACAGAUUCACAGGAAUACUGACUUAUAAGGGAAAAAGCCACAUCCUGGACCAUGACAAGCUGCUGCUCCGAGGAUGCAUCAUCAGGAAUACAGACUGGUGCUAUGGCUUAGUGAUUUAUACCGGACCAGACACCAAAUUAAUGCAGAACAGUGGGAAGUCCUCCUUCAAACGGACACACAUGGACCAUCUCAUGAAUGUCCUUGUGCUCUGGAUUUUUCUGUUUUUAGGAGGCAUGUGUUUUAUCCUAGCAAUUGGGCAUGGCAUUUGGCAGAACAAGAAAGGCUACUACUUCCAGAAUUUUCUGCCAUGGAAAGAAUAUGUCUCUUCAUCAUUUGUCUCUGCCGCCUUCGUAUUCUGGUCCUACUUCAUUAUCCUCAACACCUUGGUGCCUAUUUCACUCUAUGUCAGUGUUGAGAUAAUAAGAUUGGGCAACAGUUGGUAUAUCAACUGGGAUCAGAAGAUGUUUUAUGCCCUAAAGAACACACCAGCACAGGCUCGCACCACCACCCUUAAUGAGGAGCUUGGCCAGGUCAAAUACGUAUUCUCCGACAAAACAGGAACCCUGACUCAGAACAUCAUGAUUUUCAACAAGUGUUCUAUUAAUGGGACGUUAUAUGGUGCUGUCUAUGAUGAGAAUGGACAGAAGUUGGACGUCUCCGAGGAAACAGAACAGGUCAGCUUCUCCUACAACGAACUGGCUGAUCCUAAGUUUUCAUUUUAUGACAAGACUUUGGUGGAAGCAGUGAAAAAGGGAGAUCACUGGGUGCACUUGUUUUUCCUCUCACUCUCGUUGUGUCACACUGUGAUGUCAGAGGAGAAAGUGAAAGGUGAGCUGGUGUACCAGGCUCAGUCCCCAGAUGAAGGUGCCCUGGUCACUGCUGCCAGGAACUUCGGCUUUGUGUUGCGUUCCCGUACACCUGAGACCAUCACAGUAGUUGAAAUGGGGAAAACCAAAGUCUACCAACUGCUGGCUAUUUUGGACUUCAGCAAUGUGCGCAAGAGGAUGUCUGUGAUUGUGAGGACACCUGAAGGUCGGGUAAUGUUGUUCUGCAAGGGAGCCGACACCAUCCUUUGUCAGCUGCUUCAUCCAUCCUGUACAUCCCUCAGAGAUGUGACCAUGAAACACUUAGAUGAAUUUGCCAGGGAAGGCCUUCGCACCCUCCUUGUGGCCUACCGAGAAUUGGACAAUUCAUUCUUCCAUGACUGGAACAAGAAACACAGUGAAGCCUGCUUAUCUUUGGAGAAUCGGGAAGAUAAAAUAUCAACUAUCUAUGAAGAGAUCGAAAAAGACUUGAUGCUGUUAGGGGCCACAGCCAUAGAAGAUAAGCUGCAGAACGGAGUACCUCAGACAAUCAAAGUGCUGAACAAAGCCAAAAUUAAAAUAUGGGUUUUGACUGGAGAUAAGCAAGAAACUGCCGUGAACAUCGCCUAUGCCUGUAACAUAUUUGGGGAUGAAACAGAUGGGCUGUUUACCGUGGUAGGCAAGGAUGAUGCAACCAUUCAGCAAGAACUCAGGUCAGCACUUAAUAAGAUGAAAGCCAAGCCUCUACUGGAAUCAGACCCAAUAAACAAUUACCUCUUCACGAAGCCCAAAAUGCCCACCAGGAUACCCGAGGAGGUGCCCAAUGGCAACUAUGGCUUGAUCAUCAAUGGCUACAGUCUGGCCCAUGCUCUAGAAAGGAACCUGGAGUUGGAACUGCUGCGAACAGCUUGCAUGUGCCAGGGGGUGAUCUGCUGCCGGAUGACACCCCUUCAGAAGGCUCAGGUGGUAGAGCUGGUGAAGAGGCACACGAAGUGGGUGACACUGGCCAUCGGGGAUGGGGCCAAUGAUGUCAGCAUGAUCAAAGCUGCCCACAUUGGGGUCGGCAUCAGCGGCCAGGAGGGAACGCAGGCCGUGCUCAACAGCGACUUCUCCUUCUCCCAGUUCCGCUAUCUGCAGCGUCUGCUCUUGGUCCAUGGCCGCUGGUCUUAUAACCGCAUGUGCAAGUUUCUCGGCUACUUCUUUUACAAAAACUUUGCCUUCACUCUGGUGCACUUCUGGUAUUCCUUCUACAACGGGUUCUCAGCACAGACAGUUUAUGAUACCUGGUUUAUCACUUUCUACAACCUGGUCUACACCUGCCUCCCUGUCCUGGGCUUGAGUCUAUUUGACCAGGACGUGAAUGAAAAAUGGAGCCUAUGCUUCCCAGAGCUGUACGAGCCAGGCCAGCACAACCUCUAUUUCAACAAGAAGGAAUUUGUGAAGUGUUUAGUUCACGGGAUCUACAGUUCCUUCGUGCUGUUCUUUAUUCCCAUGGGGACCAUUUUUAACUCAGUACGCAGUGACGGGAAGGAAAUCUCUGACUACCAGUCCUUCUCCCUGAUAGUACAGACCUCUUUGCUUUGGGUGGCCACAAUGCAGAUUGCCCUGGAGACAACCUACUGGACAAUGGUAAACCACCUCUUCACCUGGGGUAGCCUGGGUUUCUACUUUUGCAUCUUAUUCUUCCUGUACAGUGAUGGCUUGUGCCUAAUAUUCCCCAAUGUCUUCCAGUUCCUAGGUGUGGCAGGGAACACUCUGAACACGCCACAACUGUGGCUGAGCAUUGUCCUCAGCUUGGUCCUCUGCAUGUUGCCUUCCGUUGGGUACAAGUUUCUCAAACCACUAUUAUGGCCCUUCAGUGUGAAUAAGGUUCUUGAUGGAAUUCAUCUCAUGAGCCACCCACCACCACUCCCAGUCCUGAAUGAAGACCAACGUUCAACCUCUCAUCGUUCUGCCUACGCAUUCUCCCACAAACAGGGCUUUGGGGCCCUCAUCACUUCUGGCAAGUUUAUGAAGCCCAAGUGGCCCAAGAAAAGUUCUCUUUUGAAAAAGUAG